GUCACUUCCUGUGCAGGGAGAGUCAGGAACUACAUCUCCCAGCCUGCCCCGGGGGCGCUUCCGCUUUUUCUAGCCCAGGGGCCGGUGACCUUCGAGGAGGUGGCUGUGUAUUUCACCAGGGAAGAGGGGGCUCUGGUGGACCCCACUCGCAGAGCCCUUUACAGAGACGUCAUGCAGGAGAACUAUGAGAAGGUGACCUUGCCGGGGUUUCCAGUUUCCAAACUCUCUGUGAUCUCCCAGCUGGAAGGAGGGGAAGAGCCAUGGGUCCUGGAUCUCCAGGGUUCAGAGGAAAACGAGAUCCUGAGACGUCCCUGGACAGGUGAGGAAACAUUAAACCAACCCAGAAACUCAGGUGAUGGGGUGGUGAGGGAGAGCGAGGAGCAGAAUCCUCACCAGGAAGAUGCUGAGCUUGCCGAAGUGCAUGGGGAAUUAUUGCGAAGAUCCAAAGGGAGCGUGACCAGCCCCUGUGAUCAGGGAAAAGCUGAUGAAAGUUACCAUAGACAAGAGAGAGAGCAGGGAAACCACUCAGAGGAGAGAGUGGAUGAACCCAUUAAUUGUCAGGGAACUCCCAGGGACCUCAAGGAAACUACGUCCCAGGAGAAAAUCCUCACGGAGAAGCGAGAGAAUACAUGUAGUGAGUGUGGGAAAAACUUCAAUUACCAUUCAGGCCUUAUUCGACAUGAGAUAAUCCACACAAAAGAGAGACCCUACGAAUGCUGUGAAUGUGGGAAAAGCUUCAAUCGUACCUCUGCCCUUAGUAGGCAUCAGGAAAUACACAGAGGAGAGAGACCCUAUCAAUGCUGUGAGUGUGGGAAAAGUUUCACUCAGAGAUAUACCCUUAACUCUCAUCAGAGAAUCCACACGGGAGAGCGACCCUACAAAUGCUGCAAAUGCGGGCUAAGCUUCACUCAGAGAUCAUCCCUUAUCUCUCAUCAGACAAUGCACACGGGAGAGCGACCCUACGAAUGCUGCGAGUGUGGGAAAAGCUUCUCUCGGAGCUCAAACCUUACUAUACAUCAGCGGAUCCACACAGGAGAGAGACCCUAUGAAUGCAGUGAGUGCGGGAAACGUUUCACUCACUCCUCCUCCCUUACCUCUCAUCAGACAACGCAUGCAGGAGAGCGACCCUAUGAAUGUUGUGAGUGUGGGAAAAGCUUCUCUCGGAGCUCAAACCUUACUAUGCAUCAGAGGAUCCACACAGGAGAGACACCCUAUGAAUGCAGUGAGUGCGGGAAAAGCUUCUCUCGGAGCUCAACCAUUAUUACACAUUACAGAAUCCACACCGGGCAGAGACCCUAUGAAUGCUGCGAGUGUGGGAAAAGCUUCGCUCAUAGUUCAGGCCUUUCUAAACAUCAGAGAAUCCGUAAAGGAGAUAAACUGCAUAAAAACCUUCUCUAGAUCUGUCAGAAGAUUUUUUUCUUUAAUUCUUUUGACAGUUCCCAGGUAGUGAGUGUUAAGGCUGUUUGCAGCUUUUGCACAUUGAGGUCCCUCAGCUCCCACACACAAGUUGCGCACUUUUGAAGGUCGUCCGUCUUUGGGGUGGAUCCUGUGGUCCUUUCUAUCAACUCCAUUGUCCUGCGAGUCAUGGGAGUGGGUGUCCUUUCUACCAGGAAUGUCAUCACCCCAGGUGGGAGAAAUGGGGAGUAUCUUCAACCAGCUACAUUGAGAUAAAAUCUACCUGGGUCUCAUCACUGUGGUUGCCAUGAAGUUAGCUAGCUUGAGUUCACUUUCCUGAUGUAAAAAGACAGCUAUUCUUGCAGUAAAGACAUGGGCCAUGGAUAGUGGGUGGGGUUAUCUAGCACAUUUCCUCCUGAUCUGACCUAACCACCGUCACAUUUCCUUGUCUGAACAAACCUGGAGAUUCACAUUUAUACUCCUCCUCUCAGUGCAAAGUUAUUGUUCGAGUUGCCACAUUCCUCUCUGAGGACAGAUCAUCUCAUUCCCAGUCGUUCUCACAUUACCCUGCAUUGUGCAGAACAGCAGUUAUUCUGUUGACUUUUUUCUCAUUUAAAAUAUAUUUCAAUAUGAUGAAGAGCUGGAGCAGUGUCAGGGAAAUAAGGGUCAUUUCAGGCUCUGUGACACUGGAAGGAGAUGGGGCGACUCAGAGAUUCCGUCCUUCCCCAUCACCCUAGAACUGUUACCUUGUGUCUGAGCCAUGCAGAGUUCACCCCUUCAUAUUCCUUCACUUCCCAACGUGUCCGGUGAGGUCACGUUCUUGGCUGUCCAUGCUUGGGAAUGGUGCUUGGACGUCUUUGAUCCUAAAUCAGAGUCACUCUGGCAGAAGCUGAAAGUGUCACAGACCUGGAAGGGGAUUUCAAAUGGAUCCCCAGCACUGUUCAAAUCCCCUUUUCCCUCUAUUGGCAAAGCUACUUCUGGGAAGGUCGGCUGUUUUUUCCACCCAUUAUGAAGGUGCUAAAACUUCUGUGAAUAACACUAAUGAGACAGCGCUGGGUGAAGCAGGUUUCAGCGGAUCAGGGGAGAAUUCUCUUCCUAAUUCUGAGACAUCAGAUGUAACCUAGUCUGGAAUUUCACUUUAAAUGAAAAUGAAAGUGUCUUCUACCUGUCUGUGA